AUGGCAGACCAGAGGUUUAACUGCAUGUCUGAGGAUACUGAGGCGCUUGGGCCUCACACAAAGGAGACGACAAGGAGAAUCCUUGAAGAGGUGAAUGACCACACUGCCCACUCAGGAUCACAUCCCAUGGUGGUCAGUGUGGCAGGAGUACUGGAAGAGGAGGCAGUUAUGGACAAUCUGGGAGACUUCACAAAUGCCUUCACUCUCCUCUUUGUUCUGCUUUACGCUCUUAAUGUUGAGUAUCGCCAGGACCGAAGGUACACCUUCGAGGCGGUCCAGAAGAGCUUCCUGAACUUUGGAUAUGGGUGCACUGCAGGAGUGUGGCACGGUGGCCCGGUGCAUCGGCCGUCCUCCAUCAUGGCUGGGCUGCUGUCCCCGCCGCUCCGUCUGCUGCCCCCGCCGCUGCUGCUGCUGCUGCUGCUGCUGCUGCCGCCCGGCCUGCGGACCUCCUUCCCCCGCGGCGCCGCCGCCGCCGCCUGCCUGCCGGGGAAAGACAAGGACUGCCCCGACCUGUCAGAGAAGAAGAGUGACCUGCGUGUGUGCGACGCGGGCACAUGUCGGUUCGGAGGAACCUGCCGUGAGAACGGAGCAGAGAUCAAAUGCGUCUGUCAGUUUCAUUGUCAUAAGAAGUACAUCCCUGUAUGUGGGUCGAACGGAGACACGUACCAGAACGACUGUUUUCUACGAAGAGCCGCCUGCAAGAAACAGAGAGCCAUCACUAUCGUAUCAGAGGGCCCCUGUUACACUGAUGGUGGGUCAGGGUCUGGAGACGGAGAUGAAGAGGGCUCGGGUCGCGUGAAGAAAACCUCCAAAUGUGGCAACUGCAAGUUUGGAGCGGAGUGUGAUGAAGACUCUGAGGAUAUGCUAUGCAUGUGCAACAUCGUGUGUAACGGCCACAACGACAACCCGGUGUGCGGUAAAGAUGGCGUCACGUACGACACGCCCUGCCACGUCCGAGAGGCGUCCUGUCUGAAGCAGGUCAAGAUCGACAUCAAGCAUGUCGGCAGGUGUCAAGACAAAGCAAGAAAAGAUGACAGUGUCAAGAUCAAAUCAGACGUCUUUGGUGAGGGUCAGGAGUUCGGGGACACCGCUCUGCCCUGUCAUGAGGACUACGCUCAGUUCUGUGAGCACGGCCAGUGUGAGAUGAGACGCGGCCUGCCCACCUGCAGGUGUGAUGGAGGUUAUGGCGGUCCUCAGUGCGAUCAGCUCCUGGACUUCAACAUACUCUACGUGGUUCCUAGCGGCCAGAAGCUUCAUUACGUCCUCAUCGCCGCCAUCAUAGGAGCUGUCCAGAUAGCGGUCAUAGUAGCUGUCGUCAUGUGCUUCACCCGGAGGUGCAACAAGACCAAGCGUGGGCGGAGGCAGAAGCAACACCUUGGUCACUUCCCAUCUGGAACAUCUUCCCGGAUGAUGUAG